GAUCUACAGAGGAGCUGUGCGGCAAAAUUAACUGGUUUUUAAGAUUAAAUAGCCAAAGUGUCCCAAGGCAGCGGCAAAGAUCGUUCAUCCAGAUCUGUCUAGUGAAUAGAAAUCUGUCUUGAUUGUCAGCUAGGUAGUUAUUUCAAACAAUCGAAUAAUUUAAAUAAAUCCCAUCACGCUACGGAUUUUUGUCUGAAUUCAGGAGUGGCAUCGGGUGGAUCGCGAACAUUCCAAGUCAUGUCACAGAAGCAGAUCUACUACUCGGACAAAUACGAUGACGACAAGUACGAAUACAGGCACGUGAUGCUGCCCAAGGACAUCGCCAGGCGGGUGCCCAAAACCCACCUGAUGUCUGAGACCGAGUGGAGGAACCUGGGCGUGCAACAGAGUCAGGGCUGGGUGCACUAUAUGAUCCACGAGCCAGAGCCCCACAUCCUGCUGUUUAGACGUCCCAGACCUCCCACUGCCUCUCAGUGACCCUACCCUCAAUCGAGAGUGGAUGGAAAUGCAGGAAAGCGACAAGCAGCUGAAGUGAGGGAAGACUCCCAAAGACUAAUUCAUGCCCCGUGUCAUGGAGCAGGUAGCUGUUGGAGCCUGCAUUACGCAAACAGCACCGGACCCAAACUGAAUGACUUGGGACCUCUUUACUACCGCGGUUUUCCCAGGUUUUUUUUGUCUUGAACUCAGCAAAUCAUAGUACUUAAUGCCUGUGGCACCCCGACCUGGCUAUCCCCAACCAUGAUGUUGCCUUUUUAAAGUUCACAAAGAUCUCGAGUGUUGCUCCCCACCAUAUUUGAGAGGGCAUGUUUGGAGGUUAUUUAGGAGAAAGAAUAACUGUAACUUCACUAAACGUUUUUAUCUGCUGGGCUUUUUUUUUUUUAACACUGUCAGACUUGUGCACCUUUAUGUAAGAUCAUUCUAUCAUGCAUUGAUAUGUUGUGUCUCAGCUGUGAGCCCCAGCCAUGAUUGUGAGAACCCUGAAUCUACAAAUACACCUUCCCAUACUCCACUGCACUGAAUAAUUAGGGGGAGGUCCUGCACUCAGGUUUCCCCACAUUUAGCAGUAGUGUGUGCAUUUUGCGGGAGUGUGUGAGGAGGAACGGCCCCCAUCCCCCACAUUAAGCCUGCAGCCUGGGAUUAUGUUCAUCAGGACAGCUUUGGCAAACAAGUGUUCCCACAUUCAAAAUCGGCUAUCCAGAUGAUUCAGAGAUCAGUGAAUGUACAGAAUCAGUCCAAACUGUUAAGGGUUUUAUACCUCCAAAUAGUCCUAAAUAUGGUGGACAAAGAACUUACACAAGUUCUGUGUUCACCAUAUUUAAUGUGAAAUGUUGUAUAAAUUAAAAUACGCUGUUAACUUGUGUUCUGCUCCCAUGAAGCGUUGCUGCAUGGAAAUGUUUGAGAAUGACA